GCGUCUCGUGUUGUUUGGAUAAUGGCGCUGACGACCUCCUGACACGAAGCCGGUAGAGUCGAGGGCAAGAAAAUGACAUUUUUUUCAGUAUAAAAUUCCUGUUUUGCACGUUUAAAAGGUUUUACUCAAAAGUAAAUACCGCACUAGGCUCAUAAUAGUAGCGGUGGGUCGACUCGAAGGUGAAGCUGCCAACCGCUCCCUCAAAAUCUCCUAUUUUUUCUUGCUCUGGUAAAAGUUUUCAGUCGACACAAUUUGUGAUGAUUCCGACAAGGACGUGUUGACUUGUGUGCACCUUCCACACACAGGAGGCUGCACUGCAACAAUGCCGGAGUCCUCCUCGGUUAAGGACGUUCAGAGCAUCUCUGUGGAAUGUGGAAGGCCCCGCAUGAUGGGCCCCUUGGAGCCAUCAUUGCUGCAGAAGAAGUCGUCCUGCAGGCUCUCCAACUUCUGCACUGAGAACAACGUGCAGGAAUGUGUGUCGCACAUCAAUCAGGAGGUGUCAUCGCUCGGCCUUCCCCCGGUCUGGGCGCCGUCAGGGCAGAACCCGGACAUGAACGUUGUGUCGGUGCUCAACUGCAUGUUUGAGCUGGUGCAGCUUCAUCGCCGGGGCCUCCAAACCCUGGAGAACAUGGAGGUGGAGCAGCUGAAGUCCAGCAACAACGUGGACUCUUUGCAGCUCACCAGCACGCGACUUAAGGAGCAGCUGGAAGUUUCCAAAAGAGAGAACACAGGACUUCAUGAGCGGGAACGCCAACUGCAGCUGAAAGUGAAGAGCUUGCAGAACUGCCUGAAAAACGAAAAAGAAGAGAUCCACAAACUGCAGAACAUGGUCUCCAGCCGGGCCAGCCAGUAUAAUCAUGAGAUGAAGAGGAAAGAGCGCGAGUUCAACAAACUGAAAGAGAGACUGAAUCAGCUUCUGGCCGACAAGAAGGAGAAGAAAAUAGCCAUUGAUGUGUCCAACAAACUGGGAAGAGUUGACGGCAAGAGAAGCCUUUGGAAGACCGAAAAGACGGAAGCAAAGCAUGAGGGGGACAUGUACAAGACUCUGCUAGGGGACUAUGAGAGUCGGCAGAGGGACCUGCUGCUGGAAAACGCCGAGUUGAGGAAAGUGUUGAAGCACAUGAAAAAAGACAUGGCGCUCAUCCUGACUUCCAGGAAGUCAUCGGCGAAAGGAGACCGGCAUGACGACGGUGCCAUAGAACAGGCGGACUCGGAAGAAGAAGAAGCCUUUGAAUCUAGUAAGGAUACGGUGGAGCUGUUUAGUGGUCACACUCGGGAGAAGCUGACCAGCAGUGUUCGACGCCAGUGGAGACGACUGAAGAGCCACGUUGACAGGCUGGACAGCCGAGGAUCAUGGGCAUCAUCCACGGGCGAGAGCGAAAACAGUGCUGCCAUUUCCCGGGACUCGUCAAAGGAAAUGGACAAACUGAAGCAAGAAGUGCAGCAGUGCAAAGACUACAUUCAGACACAGCAGCACCUCCUUCAGCAGCAGCUGAGCUCUCAGUGCGAUGAGGAGACGUCCGUCAUGCUGGGCGACUGUUACAUGUCGCAAGGGAAAGAUCGUCUACGCGAGGAGUGGAAGAGGCUCCAGGAAGAGAGGAAGAUCUUUGAGAGGGAGAGGAGGAACUUCACGGAGGCAGCAAUUAGACUGAGCCAAGAGAGGAAGACCUUUGAGGAAGAUCGUGCUGUGUGGCUCAAACACCAGUUUUUAAACUUCAACCCCUUUGGCCACUCCAAGAAGGCCACCAGGUCAAAGUCACAGUGUUCCUUUCAGAUAUCUGAAACGUCACCUGAAGAGAGCGCCAUCAGCUCCCCCAGCGCUGGACGUGCAGCCAGCCUGUCAUCCUCCACGUGCGACCUGCUUCACACGCUCAGCCACUUCUGUGACAACAGCUCCACCAAACCAAAGAGAACGACUGAAGACGCCGGCGACGCCAGCUCCUCAUCCGCUCAGCCCAAACGCUGGAUCAGCAGUGACGACCUCAUGUUCCCGCAGGAGGAAAGCGGCUCACUUUGAGCGAGCGGCACUUUAUUAUCAUUCAUCUUGUCUUUGUUUUUUCUAUAAACCUUUUGUAUUUAUUUAGAAGGUGAGCAUCGAUCGUUUUAUUUAUUGCUUAAUGUGCUCAUGCUGACGUUUCUGUCCUUGAAUAUGCUCUACUCACAAGAAGUUUGGGAUAACUGGCUUGCAGAUUAUAUUUCAGGAUGAAGCUAAAAUGCACAAUUUCCAGGAUGUGAUCUUUGUUCAAUUUGUUUCAGUGCUUUUCGCACAACUUGCUGUUCUCUGGAGAAAAAUGGCAAUAUUCAUAUAAUACAGUAUUCAUUAGUGAUGUGCGAUACCACUCAUUUUCUUUCCCAUUCGAUACAGUGAAAAAUUUCAACAUCCAACUCCUAGAAUGACUCCAAUUUUACCAGACCAAAUGUGUCUGGUAAAAUUGAAAAAGUAGUGUAUUUUAAUUGUUGCUGCUUCACCACUUUAGUCACAAUUUUUGCGCUUAAGAAACUUCUCUUUGACUUUAGCUCUGGACUUCUUAAUUUUUACUUUUGGCUCCUUUAAAACCAAGAUUUGUGCCUUUGGGUUUGAAAUAAGGCAUUAGGGGGUCCAGGUCACUGGGGUGAGCAUUCUGUUUUACUUUAGAGUCAAAUACAAUUAUUUCCGUCUUGUUCUUAUUUAAGUUUAGAAAGUUUACCGCCAACCAUGCUUUUAUGUCCUCAAGACAAUUUAAAAGUGAUUUUACACUCAUGUCACUUCUU